UUUGACAUUUUGGAGGGAAAUUCAAAUAUGCGCGCGCGCUCUUGAUGUCUGUCGUGGCGUUAAAAGUUUGUGACAAUUGUUGGAGGGGGAGGGGGAGGAAGUAAUGUUGCGGCGUCGCGACGCGCUGGCGCAGACAAUCUUGGAAGGCAUCAGGUGACAGGAGCCCCAGGAUGUCCGUCAAGAUGACCCGUUACAAACCAGCUGAAUUCGUGGAUGAGGACACCAGUUCCAUGGGAUCUGUCCAUCUGGCGGCCGGAGGAACAAGUUCACCAUCAUCCAUUCACAUUCGCUACCAUGCUGCCCGUCAAUCUGUCUGGACUGUGAUGUGGCGUGCCCGGAGUCGACUGGAACGAUGGUUGAUUGUGGUAUCGGGAAUCUUGAUUCUGUGUGUCAUCACGCUGCUUCUGUGUUUGGCUGGAGGGGCUCCGGCACCGCGUGUCCUUCAUGUUGAACCAUCCAGCAGUAGUCCAUGUCUAACUGCAAAUUGCAUCCAUGCUGCUAGUUCCAUCUUGCGGGCAAUUGACACGACUGUCGAUCCAUGUGAUGAUUUCUAUGCGUACGCCUGCAAUCAAUGGAUCAGACGCAAUCCCAUUCCAGAUGGUAAAUCGAUGUGGGGCACCUUUGGGGCCCUCGAACAGCAAAAUCAACUGGUGCUGAAGAAUGCCCUGGAGCGACCAGAGAGUCAAUUGAAAUCAAAAGCCGAACGUAAAGCAAAGAUGUACUAUAAAUCGUGCUUAGAUGAGGAUGAAACAAUGGAAAAACGUGGAGCUGAACCACUUCAGAAGCUCCUACGUCAAAUUGGUGGAUGGAAUGUGACAGAUAGUGGUUUCAAUGUUACCACAUGGACCCUCCAGAAGACCCUUCAGACACUCCAGAAUCGCUACAACAUGGGCGGUCUAUUUGGUUGGGCUGUCGGUGAAGAUGAUCGCAAUAGUAGUCGUCAUGUUAUCCAAAUUGAUCAAGGUGGCCUAACUCUACCAACACGCGAUAACUAUCUCAAUCGAACGGCACAUCAACGGGUCCUUAGUGCCUAUCUUGACUACAUGACACGGGUUUGUGUACUCCUUGGUGCCGAUGAGACCACUGCACGCCAUCAAAUGGCCGAUGUCAUUGAAUUUGAGACACAUUUGGCUGAAAUAACGGCACCACCUGAAGAUCGACGUGACGAAGAGGCCCUGUAUCAUCCAAUGACACUGACGGAACUUCAAAAAUUGGCCGAUUUUAUCGAUUGGCGCAGCCAUUUUGAGGAUGCAUUGCGUCUGGUGAAGCGUAAAGUGACAGAAAAUGAACGUGUUGUUGUCUAUGCACCGGAUUAUUUGGAAAAAUUGAGUCAUCUUGUGGGAAAUUACAGUAGUACAACUCGUGGAAGGAUGUAA